AUGCCCCAGUCUUCACUCGUCACUAUUAGAUAUGGACCUUACGAAUCAUGUGGAGUGGUUGAUCACAGGACUUUCUGCCUGGAGGGAUUACAGGCGGUACUGACAGAUUAUGGGUACGCAUGUAUUCUUGAGAAGACAGCUGACAGGAACCAAAUGGAGCUGGUGGUUAAUGGAGAACAUGUGUAUAAAUGCAACAUUACUAAGCUGGAGUUUGGUGGUGAUGGACAGCUUGAUCCACUAUGUCAAGAAGCGAUAGAUGCAGUAAGGAAUGCAGACCAACAACACCAUAUAUGAUAUA